AUGGGUAAACACAAAAACAAGCCAGUGGAGUCAUCUUCAUCAUCUUCAGAGGAUGAAAAGAAGACAAGAAGCUCCUCUAAAAAGAGCAAAAAAACAUCCUUGACAACACCAUGUGUUGUUCAAUUUUCAAAUUCAAUCUCUGCACCUCCUAAUAUUUCUAAUGUACACUUUACAUUAGUGCGAGAUGAAGAAUCCAAGUCUUUCUUAUACGGAGAAUCUAAAACAAUGCAAUUUUCAUCAAAUAACACAAAUCAAGGGUCUAAAUAUUUAUUGGCUGUAGUAAAACAAGGUAAAAGCAAGCCAACAAUUAUUGAUGUACCUGAAUUUUAUGUUAUUAACGAGGACUCUAAACAAAAUAUUGAAAGAAAGGAAACUUUAAAGAGGGAAAUUGAACAAGGAGGAAUUGAUUCUGUCCAACCAGGUAUCACAUACAAACAAUUCUUUGAAAAGAGAGUACUUGGUGGUGCCAUUGUUAAAAACGAUGGUCUCACACUUUUCAACUCUAAGAAAUACACUAAAAUUCAAGAAAAGAGAGCUACUACUUCAGCAACUGAUUUGAGAAAGGCUCAAUUACAAGAAUUGCAAACAUUGGUCGGAAAAACAACAAGAGCUUCUGCCUUGUCUACUAUGCAACAGUACAUGCCAAGUUUCAAUAUUCAUACAACUCAUUUACAUGAAGUUCUUGAUUUAAAGAGGGAUUUAUUAUUUUCAGAGAAACAACUCAUUGAACAAUUUGAGGAAAAACACAAUAGAAACAAGUCACUUCAAAAAGUUUGGGCAGUUCUUGAAGAUGCCACUGAAGAAACAGGUGCUUUGAGUGAAGAUGUUAAUGUGAAUAUUAAAUCAACAUCAGAUUUCACCCACCUUCCACAAUUCUUACAAACCUAUUUUGGUUCAAUAAUUGAUAAUAGGAAUUGGAAUGCUGUCUCUAAAGAACAGAGAAAGAAAAAGAAAAAGUUCAUUACUAGUGAUGACGAACAAGAUUCUGAUCAAGAGGAAACGGAUAAUCAAAAGGAUUUCUCAACAUUCUUACAAACUGUUGCUGGUGACAUUCCAGCUAUUGCUCAUUAUUAUAUGGUCAUGUUGGGUCUUUUCCAAAUUUCACAAGCUAAAAGAUUCAAGGAUCAUGCUCAAAAUAUUAUUAGAACUUGUUAUGUAAAUGGAAUUCUUGAUCGUAAACAAACUAAGAAAGCUGGAAAGAAGGAAAAGGAAGAAAAGGAAGAAAAAAAGAAAGAAAAGAAGGAUACUGGUAUUGAAAGUGUUGAAGCUAUUUUCCCAAAUGCUCCAGUUGAAGCAAUGAAGAAACACCCAUAUCUCUUCCUUCCAAAAUCUUCAAAAUGUCUUCAAGAUUUACUUCUUCGUUUUGCUGUUACUGAUGAAAAGACUAGACCAAGAGAAUUGAGACAUUUGAAUGUUGACAAAUUUAUUUGUAAAACUGUACAAGUUCGUAUUGCUUGUCACCUUCUUGCAUCUGCCUUACUCAUGUGUAAUUUCUAUAUGAGGAAAGAACUCGUUGCUGCUAUACAAAAAGACACUAAAAUGACAACAGAAAAGAUAUUAAUGUGUUUCAAUUCGAUGGGUGUAAGUCCAGAUACUCAAAGUUCUUUUGCAAGAAAGAUGAUUUCGAGAAUGUCAAGAGGUGGUGCUGAACUUGUCAGUUUAGCUAAGGAAGACGAAAAUAAGAAGCCAGACUUCAAUCCAUUUAAUGAAGUCAAUUUCUAUCUGAGUUUACCAAAACUUAAGCAAAACUUUGGCUUUGAUGUAAAGGAGGAAUCAAUUGCUGAAACAACAGCAACAGCAACAGCAACAACAGAAAAGCCAAGCAAGAAAAGUUCAAAGAAAUCCAAAAUUGAUGUUGUUGAAGUGCUUGAAGUGCAGGAAAAGCCAAGCAAGAAGAAGGUUUAUUUAUCAGAUGAUGAAGAGGAAGUACCUCCAGAAGAAGGUAACAUGAAAGUGGAUGGUGAUAUCGAUGCUGGUUUACUCAAUGCAUUCCAAGCAGAUGAAGACGAUGAUGAAUUCAAGGCUGAUGAAGAAGCAGACGAAGAAGACGAAAAGGAUGACGAAAUGGUUGACCUCGUCGAUGAAGAUGAAGAAGAAGAAAUUAAAGAUGAUUCUGAUGAGGAGGAAAUUAUGGGAUCUGAUUCUGAAGAAGAGCAAGAUGAUGAGGAUGAUGAAAUGGGUGGACUUAUUGAUGCCUUAGGAACUGAUCUUGACAUGGAAGAUGAUUCUGAUGAAGAUCUCGAUGAUGAAGAAGCAGGUAUUAGGGAUGCUCUAGGAAAGAAGAGAAAGAAUAAGGACGAAGACGACGAUGACGAAGAAUCAGGAAGUAUUAAAUCCAACAAGAAGAGAAAACAUGAUUUUGAACAAGACAUUGAGGAAGGCGAAGAAGACAGCGAAGAAGAUUCAGACGAUGACGAAUAAAUAAUUAUUACAAU